ACGGUCUGCGGAUUCUUCCUUUUUCCUACUACGAAACCUUCAGUUUGUGAAUUGAUUCAGGAUGUCUUGGCAAGCUUAUGUUGAUACUUCCUUACUUGGUACCGGCAAAAUUGAUCAAGCAGCCAUCGUUUCUAGAGCUGGUGAUAGCGUUUGGGCUGCUUCUUCUGGAUUUAAUCUUUCUGGUCCCGAAAUUCAGAGCCUUGCAGCUGGAUUCCUAGACCCUCCCAGUAUGUUUGGCACUGGUAUUCACUUGUCUGGACAAAAAUAUAUUACCAUUCGUGCUGAGGGUAGAUCCAUCUACGGAAAGCUCCAAAAAUCCGGUAUCAUCUGUGUUGCUACCAAGCUUUGCAUCUUAGUAGCUCAUUAUCCUGAGACUACUUUACCCGGUGAGGCAGCCAAGAUUACAGAGGCUCUUGCCGAUUAUCUUGUCGGUGUUGGCUAUUAAUCGUCGCUUUUAAAAUGGCCUCCCGUUUGAGUCGAUAUUACUUUCUUUUCCCAAGUCGUAUGAAUAACGAAAUGAAUAGUGAGUGAAAGGAUGCUAUUUUGUUUAAAAUGACCUUCGACUAGACUUUGCUUUGCGUUUUUCUAGUACUUGUAGGUUCAAUAAAUAUAGAGGAAUCGUAAGGGUUUCUUUUCUUUUUUGCAAACACA